AUGAUCGAGAAUUCUUUUUCUAGUCCGUCCGACUCCGCCACGACGACAGGAUGGUCGGUACCCGAUUCGGAUAUUCACCAUUUACUGAACUUACCGGCAGAUAUGGAGUCCUUCGCCGGGAACGAAUUUGAAUUUACUUCAGGGUUCUCUGCACCUGCAUCGUUGUCACCUGAUGAUCAGUCGCCAAGUGGAUUACAUAUGGAUCAGGUAUCAAUAUCGGACAAUUACUCGUCCCUACUCGGUCUGCAAUCUUCUGGGGCCAUAGAUUCGGCUCCUGUUCUUCUGCCAUCCUCACCUACGGGAACACAGUCUGCGCAGGGCCUGUCUGAUAACAGCCACAGCACGGAACCUUUGGGCACGCCUAUAACCUCCAGCAGCUUGAGCCCUAGACAGGGGUGUGGAUGUUUAUGUGCCCUACUAUACGUGUUUGAAGAUACAGGCAUCCAAAUUACUUCCAGCCGAGACGUGGCAACCGACACCCUCUUCCAAUGCCUACAACGAGGCGUGCAGGAAUGUCAGGCCAUGUUAUCAUGUCGAAAAUGUGAUACGAGAGUCAAAAACCCCAUACUACUCGCUACGCUUUGCAACCAAUUAGUCGCUAUUGCGCGCGAGCUUGUCGCUCGAUUCAUACGGUGCCAAACCGGAGAAACCGCCCCGGUGGCUUUCCAAUUCGGGCGAUAUUCUAUCAACGGCACCGGGAUGCAGACCCGGAUGCUGCGAGACAUGGUUGCAUUACACGUUCGGGAUUUAUAUGAUUUGUUGCAUCGUUCUAGACUCAAUAUCGACGCUAUCCCUGGGCCGCUGUCGAUAUUAGAGAACGCGAAGUUCGAAGUCAACAGGCUUCAGGAAAUAUUAUCACAGGGCUUAGAAAGUAUAAGCAGCAGUUAUAGCUGA